AUGAAUAGGUUCGUCUUUGUUUACCUCAACAACAUCUUGAUCUUCUCCAAGACCCUUCCGGAACACAUACUGCAUGUCCGCCAAGUCCUGAGAUGCCUCCUGCAGAGUCAACUAUAUGACAAGAUAGAGAAGUGCGAGUUCCACGUAUCCCAGGUUUCCUUCCUGGGUCACAUUAUCUCUACCGCAGACAUCCAAAAGGACCCCGUAAAGAUUGAGGCGGUCGUUGACUGGCCCCGUCUCACCUCACUCAAGCAGGGGGACUCCUCGGACACCGGAACAGGGGCGGUCUAUUCACAGCGGAUCGAGGAGGACAAGAAACUGUAUCCAUGCGCCAUUCUCUCCAAGCGGUUCUCGCCAGCGGAACGCAACUACAAUUGCUGCUGCUCUGCACAUGUGUACCUACAAUACCAGUUUGUGCUCUGGUAUUGUAUCUGGAGGACCAUGCACAAGCUCCACCACGUUCUGGAACUUCACUUCCUGAUCACAGGCCACACCAAGUUUGACCCCGACUGGUUCUUCGACCUCAUCAAGCAGCGCUUCAGAAAGACCAUAGAAGUUGAAAUGGACCCGGGGGGCCCAUCGCCCCUCAUACAUUUUGUGGUGGCGAAGAAGACUAUCAACGGUAUAUUUGAUCAGCUGCUGGAGUAUGUCAAAGAGGGCUCAGAGUUUGUGGACGAGACAUGGCGAAGUGCGGAUCUGGAGCAGGUCGCAGUUGAGGAGCAGUGCCUUGAAAUCCAGACUUGUGCUAGGAAACUGGCCACCAUUCGGGAGGUGCUGGCUCGUAGGCACAUGAAGGUAGCCUUUUUUGGGAGGACGAGUAACGGUAAAAGCACGGUGAUCAAUGCCAUGCUGAGGGACCGGGUGCUGCCCAGCGGCAUUGGCCACACCACCAACUGCUUUUUGAGGGUGGAAGGCACAGACGGGGACGAUGCCUACCUCACCACCGAGGGCUCUGAUGACAGAAAAAGUGUCAAGUCAGUCAAUCAGCUGGCCCAUGCCCUGCAUAUGGAGCGCAGUCUAGACUCAGGCUGCCUAGUGAAGGUGUUCUGGCCCAAGUCCAGGUGUGCCCUGCUGAGGGAUGACCUUGUUAUUAUGGACAGCCCAGGGACUGAUGUGACCUCUUACCUGGACAGCUGGAUCGACAAAUUCUGUCUGGAUGCUGACGUCUUUGUGUUGGUGGGCAAUGCAGAGUCCACACUGAUGAACACAGAGAAGCUGUUUUUCCACAAAGUGAGUGAGCGAAUAUCCAAGCCAAACAUUUUUAUCCUGCACAACCGCUGGGAUGCCUCUGCGUGGGAGCCCGAGUACAUUGACGAAGUGCGUAAGCAGCACAUGGACCGCUGUGUGAGUUUCCUGGUGGAGGAGCUGAGGGUGGUGAGACAAGAGGAGGCGCCAGGCCGGAUCUUCUUUGUGUCGGCCAAGGAGGUGCUCAGCUCCAGGAUGCACUGUGCCCAGGGCAUGCCCGAGACAGGAGGCGCUUUAGCAGAGGGAUUCCACGAGAGACUGAGGGAGUUCCAGAGAUUCGAGAGGACUUUUGAGGAGUUCAUCUCACACUCUGCGGUCAAGACCAAGUUUGAGCAGCACACGCUCAGGGCGUGGCAGAUCACAGAAGCAAUCAAAGCAGUCAUGGACGCCAUAAAUAUCGCAUCCGCCGAAAGGAAGAUAUUUUCCCUGGAGGACCGAGAGGACCAGAAGGACCGUCUAGAUUUUGUCAGAGGCCAACUUAACCGCCUGACUGAGAACGUCAAAGAGAAGAUCAACACCAUAACAGAUGAGGUGGCUGCCAAGGUGACCGUUGCCAUGGUGGAGCAGAUUCGUGGUCUCCCAGCGCUGGUUGAUGAGUUCAGUGCUGAUUUUAUACCAACACCACACGCAUUGCCGCUCUACAAAGCAAAGCUUAUGAUGCAUGUGGAAGAGAGGAUGAGUACAUCUUUGGCCUUUCGUUGUUCCACUGGGAUCAUUGGCCACAUGCAGUCAUGCCAGAAAAACAUGAUUGAGAAUAUUCGGCCGCUGCUGCCCCCUGCUGUCCAGGAGCAGCUCCACAUUCACCUACCCAGCAGGAAGUUUGUCCUGACCUAUGACCUUAACCUGGCCACCCUCUGCGCUGACUUCCAGGAGAACAUCGACUUCCAGUUCUCUCUCGGCUGGACUGCCCUUGUCAGUCGAUUCAUUGGGCCGAGCAAUGCCAAACGAGCCCUGAUGGCCAUGAACCAGAAGUUUCAGUGUCAUAUGCCCUUAAAUUCUCUCCAGAAUACCUCUCCUACUGCACUCCAGGCACAUGGUGGAACCAGCCUACAGGACCACGUGGCCUUUUCAAUGGCAACAGGUGUAGUGUCACUCACCUCCAGAGCCUCCAUGACUGUGCUUGUCAUUGGUGGAGUGGUGUGGCGCUCAGUGGGCUGGAGGCUCAUCGCCCUCUCCGCAACACUUUAUGGCCUGCUCUACCUGUACGAGAAGCUGACGUGGACCAACGCCUCCAGGGAACGGGCUCUGAAGCAGCAGUUUGUGGAGCUCGCCAUCCACCGACUUAGGGCCAUCAUCCCCUUCACCAGUGGGAGCUGCAGCCAGCAGGUUCACCAGGAGUUGGCAACGACCUUUGCCCGUCUGUGCCAGCGGGUUGACCUGAGCGAGGUGGAGCUGGAGGGGCACAUUCGACUACUGAGUGGCAGGAUCCAGAGACUGGAGAACGUCCAGCGACGCUCCAAGACUCUCAGACACAGAGCCACAGAUCUGGAGUCUCAGCUGGAGGCAUUCUCUGCCCAGUAUCUGCAGAAUCAGUGCUGA